CCCCGACACACCUGCGUGAACUUUACGCCGCGCAGAGAGGCUUCAGAGGCUGGCUCGGUGCCUGGCAGGCGCGUCUGCGCACAAUCUCGAACACUCUUGACACUCCUCGGGGGAACUUCUGCCGUGUCGGCUCCUUUCUGUACUCAAGCGGGGGUCCGCUUCAGCCGGUGGGCGAUGGCCGCGAUUUGGCACCUUGAACUUCUUCUGGGUAUGCUCUUCAUCCAAGUUCAGCCAAGUUUUGAAUCAGAAGCAGACAUGUACACAAUUAAAGACAAUGCAGGCAUAACUAUUCACUGCAGAAAAUGCUCAGCCGGGCAAAAAGUUGUAAAUGACUGCACUACAGAUAAAGAAACUGAAUGUGGGGAUUGUGAAAGCGAGACAUACAUGGAUUACCCUUCAAACAUGAAGAAAUGCUUAGCUUGCCGGAAACCUUGUGGAAAGUAUGAAGAGGAAAGGUUGCCAUGUACAAGGACACAGAAACGGGAGUGCAAAUGCAAAGACAAUGCAUACUUGCUGGACAGCGAGUGCGUCAGGCACCGACCAUGCUUCCCUGGCCAUGGAGUAUACAAACCGGGCACUAAUGUCUCAAAUGUUAUGUGCAAGCGGUGUGUAAAUGCAUACUCGGAUGUAACAUCAAGCACUGCCACUUGUAAACCCCACACAAACUGCCUUGCCAAGAACUUGACAGUGAUAGCCUUUGGUAAUACCAGCGCUGACAACGUUUGUGGUCCAAAGCCCAUUAGGUCUGUUACAAAACCAAGUUUACAGAAUGACAAGCUCAUUGAGAACAUAUCUAGCUCUGGGUCAGACAAAAGCAGUGAACCUAACGGUUCAGAGAAGUCCACUGGCUGUUGGUGUUGGACAACUGAAAGAAUUGCAAUUGUCUCUGUGAUCGGGGUGUGCCUUUUAACAUUUACAGUAUUGGGUUGGAGUUUGUACUUCAAAAAGAAGAAAAAGUUUAAAAGGCAUAUAGCAGAUUUAACUCAGGUGGACAAAAAAUGGAUGUUUUCAUGCCGAAAGACGGGAGACAGGAAAAAUGCAUUGCAUUUGGUGGCACAGAGAAUUGGGAAAGACUGGACACAGCUCCUUGGAGAACUUGGAUUUACCAAAGAUUGGAGGAACAUACGAGAAGAACACCGAGAUGUCUACAGCCAGGCUCUGGAGGGGCUCAGGCUGUGGACUCAAUGGGAAGAGGAGUCCUCACUUGAGCUCCUUAAAAAAGCAGCCAAAGGCAUUGACAGAAAUGAUAUAUGUGAGACUCUGGAUCUACUAGAGCGAGAGAUAAAUAAAAAGGCUUACAAAGAUAAGGACUCACCUCACAUUUUACAGUGCAUCAGAGAACGCAAAUCAUCAGUAGGCACUUCAAAUCAAAAGGAAUACAAGAAACAACUGAAGAAGCCUCUGUUACAAUCAAUUUCCAAUUGAAAUGAUCUCCUCAAAAGUAUGGAGUCAACACUCCUUUGUAAAGAAGUCUGAACAAAAACAAAAUGGACUCAGAUUUGUAGAAUAUAUUGUGUUUCAGACCUUUCAGCUAUAAAAUGAAAAGAAUCAUCUAUGCAUUUUUUUUUUAAUUAAAGAAAGGUCUGUCCAGAAACAGAACUUAAGGGCUUUCUUUUUCCUUUUAAUGUGCAGCUUGUGUGUUACUAACAUAAGUAACUUCCAAAGCACUGUAUACAAGCUUUGAUAAAAGGCAAAACCCACAAGCAAGUCAUGUGCCAGCAACACUGAAAGCCCCCUGCUCGAGACACGGCUUUCACUUUAUUCCAGAAUUGUUUAAGAAAUUGUGUGAAGAAGUGGACUUGAGUACAACUUUAACAUCUGUUAUACAUCAUUCAUUCUUUUAUUCCCAAAACCAACAUAAAACUUCAAACUAUCUGAAAAUAAUGCAGCAACUGAAUAUUUUAUAUAUCAUCUCACCACAAGCAGAAGCACUGUGCCCUUACAUGUCUCCAUACAGAGAUAUACACUGGGAUUUAUUCUUGAAAACAAUAGUUUGCCGUUAUUUGUUGUCAGAAUUACACACAGGCAAAAAAAAGGGUAGGGGCUUUAAAACAUCCAGAGAUGUUUUUGCGAUUAAAGUUCACACACGUUGAUAGUUUUCUUCGAUGUAAAAAAAAAAAAAAAAAAGUUGAACUAAAGCUAACAAAGACAGCUUAGUACCACUACCAGAGUAUAAGGCGAAAUUUUAAAAAUAACAUGGCUUACUUAUUCUUAUGUCAACAUUUUUAACUAUGAUUAUUUUCUUCACAUUUCUGACAAAAUUAACCAGUUUGUGGUACAUUGGCUGUUGCCUGUAGCCCUGACAGAAGCCAGUUUUCCAGCAGACAUGGAGGAGUUUUGUUUGCCUGUACAGUGGACUUGUGUUAACAUCAUUCAUCCAAAACAUCCAAUAGUAAAAUACAGUUUGUUUUUAACACUUGCAUUAGUGUUUUAGUGAUGUCAUACUUUACAAUCUAUCAAUAAAAAUGCUGUGUUAUUUCUGUUACACCUUAUGGACUUGAGUAUCCAGACAAUCACUGCUAACACUUCAUUUACUUCACUUCUUGAAGGAAUGCAUUUCACCUUACCAAUAUGGCAAAUACUUAAUCUCACUAAACCUGAAUUCUGGGUCCCUACAGCUAGGAGUUACCAUCAACAUCUGUGAAUCCAGGUGUGUUCAGUCCUAGCCUGUCAAUGAAUAAACUUCACUUGCUGAUAA